UCCUUCUGUGGUCGACUGCUCUGUGAAGAUGUUCGCUGACGACACGAAGCUCUACCGAAACGUAUCCAAGCGGCAUGACAGAGACUCCCAUUCAGAAGACGCUGAGGUUGUGGGGCUGGCUGUCGCUCAACAAAGGGCUGGCAGAGACCACUCCACUGAACACACCCAGCUGUCGAUUGAUGAACAGAGUCGGAACACUAGUGGUGCCCUACCUGAGGUUGACGAGGAGGGAGAGGUGGCUGUCUCUCACUUCAGAGAUGUCAGAUACCACUCUGCCCGACCAUCGUCCCCACAGCAGGUGCGAGACACAACGGCGGCGACAACUCUUCAAGGCGACAUUGAUGCCCUAGUGACAUGGUCUGACCGGUGGCAACUCCCAUUCAACGAAGGCAAGUGCAAGAUCCUGCACCUGGGGAAUAACAACCCCCGGAUCAAGUACACCAUGCGAGAAGUCGACCUAGAGGCGGUGGAAACAGAGCACGACCUCGGUGUCCAUAUCGACUCCUUGCUAAAGUUUCGCAAACAAGCCACCACUGCUGCUGCGAAGGCCAAUCAGAUCUUGGCAGUCAUCAGGCGCUCCUUCGAACUUAUCGACGAAUUCACACUCCCACUGCUAUACAAGACUCUGGUGCGCCCACAUUUAGAGUACGGAAACUUGGCAUGGGGCCCGUUCAAUCGGGCCGACCAACUCCUGAUUGAAAAAGUCCAAAGGAGAGCAACACGCCUGGUAGCUUCCAUCAGACACCUCCCCUACGAAGAACGUCUACGAGUGCUAAAGCUGCCUUCAUUGUUCUACCGCCGACGACGAGGUGACAUGAUCCAAAUGUAUCAGCUGUUUCAUGGAGGGGUCGACCUGUCUCCUGAGGAUUUCUUUGCGGCUGCCACUGACAAUCGUACCCGAGGCCACUCGAUGAAAGUCCAGAAGCCCAGAGCGGAAACCAGGCCAAGAAGACAAUCGUUUAGCGUGAGGGUCGUCAAUGACUGGAACAGUUUACCCCCAACGGUCGUCGGCGCUGCCUCAGUCGAUCAAUUCAAAUCAAGACUGGACGCCCACUGGGCAAACAUCAGGUACCUGAUACCUGAUAGGAGUUAGAAAGGUCCCACCUGAUACGAGCUCGAUGAGAGCGGUUCCCUACAGGCCAAGUGGCCUCAAAAUUCCGAUCAUAUUAAGGUAAGGUAAGGUAAGGUGAUUACACAAGCGAAUUGAAUGCCCUCGUGUUGUGGGCUUGGAGUAUUUGGAGGGAGUGAAUGCGGAAAAUAUUUUUGAAUAUGGUUAUUUCAGAAGUAGCCAAUUCAUAUCAAUAUGGCCUUGGGCAAUUCACUUGACUUUUGCCAUUUUUUCACGGUACAGAUAUUCUGCCAUAAACCAUGCUAUGAUAGGUAUGUUGUGGUUGUUUCUCUUGUUGGACUUUUGUCAUUUAUGUUGAUAUUGAUAUCUAAUUCCUCAUUCGGGCUUGGAUUGAUAUAACUUUGGGCAUUAGUAGAGCAGACGUCACACGAAGGUUUUCCAACCGAGGAGAGGCGCUGUAGGUUUGUAGGUUGUAGGGUAGGUUAGGUUAGGUUAGGUUAGGUUAGGUUUGUUAAGGUUUUCCUAGAAAGAACACCACCGCGUAUGGCGCCUCAACUUUGUGCUAAAUUAUCAUUGUUGCUGUUCCAUGUGUAUCAUCAAUUAUGCAUCUUUACUUCAAAGUUACAAUGUAAAGCUUGUCUGUAUCUGUUCCAUGUAAAGCUUGCAGUCGGAGUUUCUUCGGCAGAUCGCUCCUCCGCUCAAUAAUUUGCGUCUUAAUAUGUAAGAGCUGUAUAUACAGAAAUCACGCACUGCUUUCAGCAGGGCUCUUCGGCUGCAAGCUUGAAACGGAACAGACUGAGCAUAGUGAUAUGCACUGUUAAUAUGUCAUGUCAGUGUCUAGUCAGUUCUUAUAUACCGUGGUUUAUUCCGUAAUUCCUGUGCUGUCUUCAGUCCUGAUACCUUAAAAAUGACAGGGUCACCGUGGUGAAGUACGCAAAUAUUGGAUCCUUGGACUGUGUUUACUAUUCAAUGCAAUUGUUAGCAAACCUUUAACAUUGAAUAAUAUUUUAAUGCAGUGUUAUACUUUCAAGAGGGAUUCCAGUAAAAUAUUUUUGCAUCUGUUAAAGUAGUUAUAUUUUGACUUCAAUUUAAAGAUUCUACAAACUUAAGUUUGGAAUGUUACUCUGAAGAUUUACUGGCAAUACCAGCAAGUGGAGAUUGCAGACACUGUGUCGUCUCUCAAUCAUCAGUGAUCAUAAGCUGAACAGGUGACUAACUGCUCAAUCCUCUCCGUAAGCCGUCCGACCAUCAUUGCCGACCAUUAUUGCCCUACGAACCGCUGGAACACGCUGUCAGUCUCUGACGGUCUACCUAAUCGGUCAGACAGCCGGCCAUCUCGGCUGGGAGUCCGGCCCACAGGUCAUGGACCCCGUCUCCGCGCCAGUGGUGUACCGCUGUCGCGGCUGUCGGCAGUGCCUGUUCAGCUCGGAGCAGACGGGCGCGCUCCAGACGCCCUCGUGCUGCCGCGGCGCCCGGGAGCUGCGCGGUCUCUCAGAGGAACAGCUGCCUGGCUGGGCCCUCCAGCAGGUGGAGGAGGCCGGAUGGACGCGCGGCCGCCUCCUCUGCCCAGCGCCCGGCUGCGGCGCGAAACUGGGAACCUUUGACUUUAUCAGUGGUGCGAGUUGUGACUGCAAGAGCAUGGUGUUGCCGUCCGUCCGUUUGGUGAGGUCACGGUUGGACGAGCUGACCCCCGCCCCCAGCUCAGUGCGACCAGUCAUAGGCACAAGCGCCCCCGGAGACACUGGUUCGUAACGGGUGUCGUCCUUUCUAGCUGCUGUUUCAGCCGGGGAACUGUAACACAACAUGUGAUUCAGACUUCAGAGUGUUUCGCGACAACUGUUAUAUUAUUUGCUGUAUUGGCAUAAUAUUUACAUGAAAUACUCUG